AUGGCCGUGCAAAGAAAGCCCUUUUUUGUGCUGGAGAUGUCAGGCCGCAACACGAGUAGCGGUCCGAUUCUCGGCGCACGGGAAAAAGACCAUGUACGCAAUCACCUGGAUCUGAUCAAUCCCCGAGGUCUUCCCGGCGCCCACUCCCAGCUAACAGCCGACGGCCACUUUGGCUGGUCCUUCUUUCGGAGCAAGCUCAUUGCCUUUGACGCUUACAAUGAUGAGCGCUUGUCAUCUUUUGACUUUGAGGGUGCGGGCCAAGCGCCCCUCGUGCGCGCAGCCGUGCCCCUCGGGGACCUCGCUUCGGCUCCACUCCUGGUCAUGCUCGACGCCGGUGCCAUGACCCUACUCGUGCCUGUCAACAUCCACACGGGUCUCUGUGCCCCAGCUCUUUGUGUGCCGCACAAGAUUACAUCCACACGUCUGCUCUGGGCGCCAACAGGGCCUCGGCGCACCCACGCGCACAGCCCACUCCUCAGCCCCAGCUUGCAGAAUUUUGCCACGGCCUUAGCCCUGGGAACCACCGAUGGUGAAAUCAUUCUUUUGAAUGUUCCCCAAGCCAAUUACACCCAUCCCUGGACCAUGGGCGACGAGCCUCGCAACCUGGUGCACCUGAACAACAGCCAAGGCCCCCUACAAGUUGAUUUCAGUGCAACACCCGUUGCUUUGACCCUGCAAGGCCAUCACCACAGCUCGGUUGUUGCCCUUCACUUCGCCCCUGUUCAGGGCUUGUUGACGGCCAGUUUUCGCGAACACGGGUUUGCCCUCUUCUCUCUCUUUAAGAGCAUCCCAGAUUGCAUCCAUCAUGAGGUGGCCAUUGGCGCUCACGCAGCCUUUCUCUCCCACGUGGCUCUUCUCGCGGCCACUUCCGACUCCAACAUUAUCCUCUACCUCUUUGCCACUACUCAGCCGCGCUCGCAGGAGCAGCCACCCUCGCUGAUGAUCAUGCAGGUGCAGAUGACGGCCCCCAAGAAUGUCCGCGUGGAUGAGCCGGCGGCGCUGACCACGGUGGAGGGCGUUGCUCUCCGCUUUGACAAUACCCUGGGUGGGCCCUCUCCGGGUCACAACUACAAUCGUGGCCAUGUCUUGGCGCUUGAAUGCAUAGGCUCAACGACUCACGUUCUCCACGUGUAUGUGCACAACCGCACCACAUUGGCGCGCAUCGUAUUUGUAGAGGAUCAUGCCCGGGACAUCUCGCUUGUCAACGUCGUGUGGAAUAGCGUGAGCCCGACGGGCAGCACCACAACUCUGGCUCUGCUGUUUGAUGUGGACCGUUGGACCAGCUUCAACUACCCACCGGCCUUUCCCACGGCCUCUGAACUCAAGCUGCAGUAUUUCUUUGCCACAUAUGAGCUUGCAGAAGAGACUCAGGAGGGUGCCACCACGGGUGCCGUCUCGGCAACUUUUGAUCUCCAAGUCGCUCAGCCUUAUGUAUCGGGCCUGUUGGCCGGUGCCACCAGCAACCAUCUUCUCAGCCAUGACUGGCGUGCCAAUAUGACUCUGGACAUCCAUCUGGGCUACGCCUCCCACACCCCUACAGCGGUGGUGGCCUGUCUUGCUGCUCAAGUUGACGCCUUGGAAGAGCUGUCGUUGGGCGGUGCCAACGUCUUCCUCGAACCCGAAGCUGCGUUUCAUGCUUGUCAUUUUGCUGACCUCAUUCAUGUCGAGACGACGCUGGGAACGGGCGCCAUGCAACGGCUUUUACUGGAUGUCGCCCUUUUCAACGGAAUGGCGGGGCUCAUCUCCGACCUCAUUCGAACCUUGGCCUCGCGUCAAGGACAGAUCGCUAACUUGUCCGGGCUCAGCCUGCGUUCUGUUCUCGACUGGCUCAAGGCGGCACAUCAACGGGCUCGAGAAUUCAAGUUGGUCCUUCACCGCUUUAUUGCGGAGGGCCGUGCUUUCGGCUUGCGUGAGGCCGGUCCUGCGCUGUCCCAGUUCGAAACGCUUCGGGCCGUGGCCAAUGUCUUUCUCUCAGAUGCCGUGGUCCAGGCGAGCAGCAGUCAAAGCAUUCUAAUUGUCGAGCGACAGCUGCGCCAGCUCAACGCAGAAGCCCUGCAAUGCCAACUUAGCCUCUGGAUUAUGGCCCACCAUCUUCUCGGCACAGAAGAGCAAUCCUGGAUCACAACGAGUGUAUCUCGUCCCAUGCUGGCCAGCCUCUGUCAGAUUCACGGCGUGUCGGACGAAGAUGUGCCACACGAUGCCGCCUCACUCUUCAAGGCACCAAUUGUCAUGUCUCGAGCCGCUUUUGAGCACAUUGCGUUGUAUGCCCUCCUCCUGAGCCAGCCCAAGUUGGCCAAGAGCUUUGCUACCCUUAGCACUCUGCCUGCACUGACCAAGCUGCCAGCUUUGACGGUCGAGCAACACGAGACCAUCUUGCGCGUGGGCAUGAGCGUUGGCGCCAAAGAAUGGACUUGUCGCUAUUGGCAGGCGCACCGCGUGGAUAUUUUGCAGCACUGUGCUGCGGGCCUCACCGUCCAGGUUCUGGUCGACAACAAGCUUUCCAAUUUUUGUUUCACAGUCCUUCGCAACAACUACCACGAUGACGAGCGCGCGUGGCUGCACUUUUUUCAAGCCUGUUUGGAGGCCAAGCAAAUCUCCUCAGUUCUUCAGUUGCCUUUGAACCAGCUCGAGAGCGAAGGCUUGGUCAAAACGUUGGCGCGGUCACAGGAAGCCCGACACCGGGCUGCUUUGUUCGUUUAUCUCUUGCAGCGCGGUCGCUUCGCCGAGGCACGCGAGGUGGAUGCAGAGGUGAGAUUCGAAGAGGCUUCGCGGGCAGGGCAGGGCAAGGAGAGCAUGGAUCGGCGGGGCUGUUAUGGCUCGACACGACCAAGCUCACUGGGUCUGUCUUCGCAGCUGCGUCGAGUACACCCUGAAGGUGCCGCCGAACGGCAGGCUAUGAUCAACAAUUACUUGUCGACAUUGCCGCCGUCCCAACGACAUUUGGCACUGCACACCCGUACCUCCUUGUUGAGCAAGACACCCAGCACGCCGCUCAACCGCUUGAAUCAGAAGAGUCCAGGAGCGUCACCGGCUUUGACUACAAAUGCCAUCUUGCGGAACCAGGGCGUGGCCACGCCCACACGCACCUCGCUCUUGGAGACAGUUGUCGCGAAGAUUGAGGGCACUCCAUCAGCGUCGCCAACUGUGACAAAGCCCGCCCGCCCGUUCGAGGGCCCACCCGUGACCCCUAGCCGUCAAGGCGCUGCAACGCCGCGUCGCUACUCCCUCUUGGGAGGGCGACGUGAAGGUCUCUCGACCAUCAUCAAUGCCAGUGUGGCUGAGCUGCGUGGCCAAGCUGACCAAACGGGUCUUGAGGUCAGUGUUUUGCGACCAUUUGACGACGAGACAGAGGCUGUCCCUUCGCCGCUGCCUGCUGUGGUCAGCAGUCCAGUUCGCCUACUGGCCCACACGCCGACCCGUUCCAAUCUUCGCAAGCAGUCGGGUGGACCGUCGCAGCACUUGGGGGAGCACAUCACAUUUAGUCCACAACAGGAGACUCGACUUUUUGAUCUGCCAGAAUCCGCAUCACCCGUGCCCACAACUUCCAGCCCCAGUCUGCCUGCCAACAUGGGUAAUGAAUCAAUGGACAUGAGUGGAGACGGCGACGAUGAUGAAGAUGACAGCGAUAUCAUCAUCAACCUGCCCACGGAUCAAGUCAUUGCAUCGACACCGAUGCGUCUUCGUCAAGAGCCCUUGUCGCCGUCCAUGUCGCCCGGCCCUGAUCCGGCACCAUCCCCCAAGCCCGAGGUCAAACAUGAUUUACCAAGUUCACCGCAACCCAGGACAUCACCCCUCAAUGGGGAUGCGUCACCAGUGGUCUCCUCGACCAACGCACAGCCUCAAUCUGCAUAUCAGGUUCCAAUGGAUGAAAGUGAUGUGGGAGCUGUUCCAGAAGCCGAGACUUCCGACAUUGAGGGCACGAAAUCCGAGGUCGUAGAACCCGAGGAUCUCGGAACUGGGGAGCCUGAGACUCAAUCCUCGGAGGCCGAGGUCUUGGAAACUGAGGCACCAGAGACCGAGGCACCAGAGACCGAGGCACCAGAGACCGAGGCACUAGAGACCGAGGCCUUGGAAACAGGGCCCCCGGAGACAGAGGCCCAGGGUACCGAGGCCAUGGAGACCGAGGCCAUGGUGAGUGAGAGUGAUGUUCCACCUCCAGCGGCUUUGUCCGAACACGGCACGACAUCGGGUGUGGUCAUGGAUGAAACAGAGGACCAGGCUGUGGAAGCGCCUGCCACGCCCGCGCAAGGCAAUGCUUCACCACCAAAGGCUGAGACGCCAGCUGUGGCGUUGGAAAACUUGCCGCGUGCCCAACGGUUGGCCAUGCAAGCAAAACAAGCAGGUCUGCAGGAUCUAUUGCUUGGCGUGCGUGGUCAGAACACGGCUCUCAAAACACCUCCCCGUCAGAUGGCGAGCUCCACUACGGCUGCUCGCGAGGAGGAGGCGGGACCAAAGUCUGCUGAUCGGGUGUUGACGAGUACAACCACAAUCUUGCGUCAUAAGCGCAUGGUGCGAUCCCCCGGAGGCCCCAACCGACCUGCUACUUCGAGUCCGCUUGUAGCGGGUAGCCCAUCCGCGUCGGUCAGCCAAGCAGGCCAGCAAGCAGUGACCAUGCCUUCACCACGCAAAGUGCGCAUUCAGCCAGCACCAGAGGCUGCACAAUCCCCACUGCGGCCCAAGAUUGUGGUGACAAACAGUCCAAAAGCGGCUCAAGACGCCGCGGGUGAGGCGACGUCAAGUCAUACUCGAUCGAGUUUGCGCCACUCCACACCCGCCAAGUCGUUGGCCGCACAAGCCACCACAACACCAGUGCACCGGGGCACUCGUGGCUCCACCACCUCGCAGCCCACCACCCCCUCUAGUCGUCUACGCCCUCGCCGCAAGGCGGCCAUCAAGGCCGAGGAAGCCAUUCACGAGAUGACCCCCGGGCGCAAGACCACGACGUCAGCUUCUGCAACGAGUGCAAACACACCGUACGUCUUUGCAUUGCGCGUCAAUCGUUUGGGUAGGCCGCUCCCACAUCACGGUAAGCCAGCCGGGCGCACAUGCGAGGUGGUAUUGGCCACGAUGGCCACGACUGCCUUUGUUGAUGAGCGUGGGAAGCUGCGUCAGCUCAAGCUGGCCAUUCGCCUGUUGAGCAGUCGCAUUGAGUCGGCACUGCCCACGGAUCUGGGGGACCUCAACACCUUGCUGCAGCGCCGUGCCUUGGCCCUGCUAUAUGCGCUGAGCGGCUCGGGUAGUGUGACCGAAAAAACGACAAAUGACGCUUUCCAGCAUAUGUCCUUGUCUGUCGAGGCCCCUACGGCAUCUGUGAUUCCGGCCAAACAGGCCGUUCAUGCUCUUACCAAGCCGCAGCACGACGCCAAAACGCAUGCCGCGUUCAUGCCCAUGUGCAGGAAAGAUGCAGGCCGCGUGCAGUUGCUGCAAGAAUUGGCACGCCACGACAACUAUCGUUAUGAGAUCAACCAGGGCCACCUGCUCAAAGACGUUCUGCUUGCUUGCCACGGCAAUGCUGGCAAAUACAUCAUCUACGACUCGCGUAUCGAGGCCUUCCGAGUGGCGCCAGAUGUAGGAGUACCUGCCCCGACACGUCAGCUGGUCAGCAAAUUGGCCGAGCUCGGCUGGCUGUUCAACCAAGUUCGCCUUUACAUCGAGACAUGCCGCGGCGAUCUCAGCUACGGUGCUGUUGGCCAGGCAUUUUGCAGUGCUUUGCAUGAUCAGCUCGCAGACUAUUACCGCUUGAUUGCAGUUCUCGAGGGUCAGCUCGAGCUCAACGCAGACGGACGACUCAAUGAUGAACAAUUGCAACUGACGCUGCGUCGCUUGGUGGUCUGGACGGCCGAGCCUUUCUUUCGCCUCAAGCAUCUGCUUGUCAACCACGUCAUGGUGGCCUCGCUGCAACCUCUCUACGACAUGCUGCAUGAUUGGGUUUUCUUUGGCAAUCUCAACGAUCAGCAUGGGGAAUUUUUCGUCACAGCCAACCGCGCAGCCGUCGAGGCGCAACACGUGUGGACGCAUCGUUUUGGAUUGAGGUCAAGCAUGCUGCCUUCCUUCUUCCCGCGAGCGCUGGCUGAAACGGUGCUAUCGGUGGGCAAGACGAUCGAGUUUAUUCGGUCCGUGUGUGGG